UCCUCGAAUUUUCGUGCCUUAAGUUUAGAAGCAAAAAAACUUGGAAAGCUUAUAAUCGAUACGGAUGGCGGCGGGGACGACGCUAUUGCCAUAUUACUGGCUCUAGCAGCUGAGGAUGAAUUAAAUAGCGAUGACUUCGAAAUAAUCGCCAUUAUUUGUAGCUACGGCAAUACUGCGCUCACGAAUGUGGAAAAAAAUGUCCCCAAGAUCCUGACGAUUGCCAAUCGAAGUGACAUACCCGUUUAUGUGGGCUCUAGCAAGCCAUUGAUAAAUAAUGUCACUCUCGACUAUCACUACGGUGAGGAUGGUUUUGGUGAUUUCAAAUUUGAUGCAAACAUUAUUGCAGAGGUCGAUCGAAGCAAACACGCGAGUUUGGCAAUGGCGGAUUUGGCACGCGAAAUUGCCGGAGACGUGAGUGUCAUGUUAUUGGGACCAACAACAAACGUUGCACUCGCGAUAACUUUGGAUUCUAAAUUUGUCGAUAAUGUAGUGAGAUUCUACAUAAUGGGAUCGAGUGUCCAUGGCAUUGGAAACGUUUCACCGAAUGUGGAAUUCAACUUCAAACAAGAUCCUCACAGCAAUUUCAUCCUUUUGGAAAUAAUAAAAGGGCAGCCGGCAGCUUUGUUACCCUGGGAAACGUCUCUUUCAGCUGCAAUUCCAAUGAAAUGGCGGAAAGACGUCCUGGGGGUUGUGGAUUCGAGGACCGUCAAAUAUCUCAAUAAGAUUGAAGGACGGAGCCUGAACAAAGCGGUCUGGAACGUCGCUGAUGUUAUACUUUGUGCGUUGACCCUCUGGCCGGAUUUGAUAACGCGAUCACUAGUAGAGAACGAGGAGCCGGUUUACGACGGUGCUGCUCAGGGUUCCGUUCUCGUCGAUUAUGCCAAUAAAACUGGUAAACCUAAAAACGUUGAGAUUUUAGACGCCUUUGAUGUUGAAGGGUUCAAAAAAUUGUUGUUGGAGGUUUUUUCAAGAGAUUGAGCAAAACAAAACGGAGAGUAUGAAAAUGUUUCAAUCAGGCAUUUUCAUUCAAAGGAAUUUUUAUAUGAAAAUCAAUUUUUACUUCUUACAAAAUGUUAUAACCUUUUCUUAAAUUUCCCCGAGAAACCAAUUUCAUUUUUCUUUUCAAUCUUUCUGAUUUCUCAAGUUUUUCUUUCAUGCUGAAUAUGAAUUUUUUUUAUGUUACAACCGAACGUGAUGAUUUCGAACAUUGCAAGUUUUUUCUACUUCCAUUCAAUGGUAGCAUCGAAAAUUUCCUUUGUAAGGAUAAUCGAAGUUUGAAAUAUUCAAACUAUUUUCGACGUGCUUGAAUUUCUCUUCUUAAGUGAAAUAAAAAAAAUAUUGCGAUACAAUGAGUAAAAAAAAUUGCUUAUCUUAUCAUAAUUUCUACUCACGUCAGAAAAGUUUUUUGGAUGUUUACUUCACGAUAUCGUUUCUUCCUUGUCCCUCAUUUUCGAAUUACCAAUAAAAAUUCGAUUUCCUAUCGAAGUAAUAAUCUUCAUUAUUUGAUAAUGUUAUGGAAUAACAUUUCAUCAUCAUGAUGGAAUUUAAAUUGUUUUUCCAAGUUCAAUAAUGACGUGGUUCCGAUAUCA